AUGGAGGUGGUAGAACUGGCGCCCGACCAGCCCCCACUCCUUCUCGGCCGUUCCCCCGACUGCGACCCCCGGUGCCGGUUCGGGGACAAGCGGAUAUCGGCGCGCCACUGCAGGCUCUACCGCGAGCGGGACGCAAGUGCCGGCCACUACGUGGUCGUGCUAGAGGACCUCUCCUCCAACGGCACCUUCGUCAACGGAACCAAGGUUGUGGGCAAAGGCAAGCGCCGACAUCUGUCCUCGGGAGACGAAAUCGCUCUCACCAAUCUUGCGGUCCGGGGUGUGCCGGGAGAGGACCGCGUGUGCUACCUCUUCCAAGCUGUGCCACCACCACCACCACGACGUGCUGCACAAGACGACGACAAGGAGGAGGAGGAGGAGGCAUCCACUCAGGAGAUCGUCGCCGAUGAGGACCCCGUCCCUUUGGCCGCGUCCACUGCCCACGCCCACGCGUCCACCACCACCACCACCACCACUACGACUGCCACUGCAACGUCGGCGGUUGCUGGUGGCGGAACGGAUGCGGAUGCUGCUGCUGCUGCUGCUACUGCUGGUGGUGGCGGCGGCGGCGGCGGUGGUUCUCCACCAUCUGCUGCCACGAAGCGCAAGAAGGAAGACGAGGCGGCGGAGCGGGAGGAGGACGACGAAUCGGAGCGGGACAAGAAGAAACUGCGCAAGAUCGAGGAGACCUACGAGGACAACAUGGUCUGCGGCAUUUGCCAGGAGUUGCUCUACAAGUGCGUCGCGCUCUUUCCCUGCAUGCACAACUUUUGCGCGUGCUGCUAUUCGGAGUGGCGAGAGCGCGGCAACAGCCAAUGUCCCCAGUGCCGCACCCACGUGCAGGGCCUCUCCAAGAAUCACACGAUCUGCGCCAUCAUCGAGUCCUACAUCGAGGCCAACCCGGAGAAAGCGAGAGACCCCGAGGAGCUCAAGGAGAUGGAUGCCCGCUCCAAACUCACCGACGAAAUGCUCCGCCGGGUCAUCACCUACAAGGGGGGCAAGAAGGCCAAGUCCAGCUACGACGACGACGACGAAUGCGAUGAUGACGACGACGAGGACGACGAGGACGAGGACGAAGGAAGCGAGGAGGACGAUGACCGCACCUACCGCCCUCCCCUGUUCGCCACUUCCCACUACUCUGGCGGAUACCGCACCAUCUGCCGUCAGUGCGGCACUGCCGGCGAGCUGUGCGACAAGCCCUAUUGCGACCUCUACUGGGGCUGCGCCAGCCCCGUGGGCGUGGGCAAGUUCAAGAAGCUCUCCCAGCACACCUUCACCACCUUGCCGCCGGCCUCCUUCAACAACAACCCGGCCGAGCAGGAAAUCGUGCUGAACUACCUGACGGCCAAGGGGAAGAGCGUCACGGAGUUGUGGCUCACCUGCCUGGCCGAUGCCGAUUCCGGGGCGAUCUCCUUUAAUGGAGUGCACACCCGCAAGAACGUGCAAUCGGGGCAGCACGCCUGCUGGUCCUGUGCGCAAUACGCCUUCCAAAACCUCGUCUACCUCUACCGGGCCAACAUGCCGCCGGAAGACCUUCCCACCUCGGUCACAUCACGACCCGACUGCCACUGGGGCCGCAACUGCCGCACCCAGCGUACAUACGCGCCCCUCUCCUUUGGCGCAGAUGUCGUCUUGAGGCGGCCACUGUCGCCCCACGUUAGCUAA